UAUUUUUUUCUGAUUUUUGGUAUAGUGAAAAAUUUACCAAAGAAGAUUUUGAAAAUUAUUGAAAUCAAAUAUUUAAAUUUAUCGUACGAAGAUAUCAAUCAACCCCAAUAGGCUGACAAUGUUGAAAUUCAGUAGAACAGGGUUGCCUAUAAAGAGAGUCUUAACCAGGUCCUCACCUUCUUGGAAUGGUAGUAUAAGAUUUAAUUCUAUUACUACUACGGCCACUACUACUGGUGAAGUUGAUAUUUCUCAAUUAUCUCAAAAGGAAUUACGUGAAAAGGUUAUUGCAGAUGCUUUAGCUAAAGAUGAAGAAGAAAUAGCAAGAGCUAAAGCUCUUAGAGAAUUAAACAGAGAAACCACUGAUUUAAUCACAUCAUUAAAUAAAAUCCCAUCUGAUUUAAUCAAUUCAAGAUUACAAAAACUUCAACAAGAUUUAAAAAAUUUACCUCAAGAUAAAGUAAAACAAUUAGAUCAAGAAUUAGAAGAAUUUAUGAUAAAUAAUAUGAAUUUACCUUAUAGUGAAAUCUUUAAUAGACCAUGGGCCAUUAAACCAAAUAAUUUUAUUGAAAGUGGUGAAACAUCUAAACCUAGUAAUGAUAAUUCAGAAAUUUCUCAAAAACUUUCUUCAACUGCCACAUCAUCUUAUAUGACUCAAUUUCCAAAUUUAAAACCAACAGCUGAUCAUAAAGCUUAUUCAGAACAAGAACUUUAUUUAAGACAACUUGCUCAUUCUCGUCAAUCAGGUAAUUUAGGGUCUAAAUUAUCCAAUAUAUAUAAACCAAGAGAUGAUAUAACCAACCCAAAACAAAUCAAAGAAACCACUAUUGCAUCAUUAAUGGCUGCUGGAUGUCAUUUGGGUCAUUCCAAAGCUAUGUGGAGACCAAGUACUCAACCAUUUAUUUAUGGAGAAUAUGAUGGUAUUCAUAUUAUUGAUUUAAAUGAAACUAUAGUUGCACUUAAAAGAGCUUGUAAUGUUAUUAAAGGUGUAUCUAAAAAAGGGGGUAUUAUUUUAUUUGUUGGAACUACUAAGAAUUGGGUUCAACAUCGUGCUUUAGAAGAAGCCGCCAAUAGAUCAAAAGGUUAUUAUGUAUCUAAAAGAUGGAUUCCAGGUAUGAUAACAAAUUAUACUGAAGUAACUAAACAAAUUCAAGGAGAAAAUAAAAUGGAAAUAGAUAUGUCUAAUAAACCAACUGGGAGAUAUUUAGGAGUUGAAGCUGAAAAAUUAAUUAAACCUGAUUUAGUGGUUAUUUUAAAUCCAGUUGAAAAUAGAAAUUGUAUUAAUGAAUGUCUGUUACUGAGAGUUCCAACUAUAGGUUUAUGUGAUACUGAUAUGGAACCAUCAUUAUUAACUUAUCCAAUCCCAUGUAAUGAUGAUUCAAUCAGAUCAUCAACUUUAAUGCUUGGUAUAUUAUCUAAAUCUGCUGAAGAAGGUUUAAAUGAUAGAUUAGAAACGAUUAAAUUUUAUGAUGAAUCAAAGACUAAAACUACAAAUUCAUUUGUUAAGAAUGUUAAAGCUCCAAAAUCGGAACAAGAAGCACCAAUACCUGUUAGUGCUUAAAUUGUAUACUUACGAUAAUAAAUAAUCUGUACAUAGGACAAAUAGAGUCAAUGUA